GCUUAGGGCCCGGCCUGCGGCAGCGGCGGUCACCGGAGCCGUCGGGCCGGGCGGCGGACGGACAGCCGAGGACCGCGGGGCGGCGCCGUGUCCUCCGCCAUGACAGAUCAGACCUACUGUGACCGGCUGGUACAGGACACACCUUUCCUGACAGGACAGGGUCGCCUGAGCGAGCAACAAGUGGACAGGAUCAUCCUCCAGCUGAACCGCUACUACCCACAGAUCCUUACCAACAAGGAGGCCGAAAAGUUCCGGAACCCCAAGGCGUCCCUGCGCGUGCGGCUCUGCGACCUCCUGAGCCACCUACAGCAGCGUGGGGAGCGGCACUGUCAGGAAUUCUACCGAGCGCUGUACAUCCAUGCCCAGCCCUUACACAACCACCUGCCCAGCCGCCACGCCCUUCAAAACUCAGCUUUCAGAGAGCUGGACUGGGACAGUGAGAGCCGUGAGCUGAGUGACAGGGGUAACGCCCCGCCGCCUCCUUUCUCUUUCCCUCUUCCCUCAGGGCUCUGUCUGUGUCCCAGGGGCUUCUCCAUCCCACACUGGGUUUUCUUCCUGGCUUUCUGUUGGGGGGCAGGCCCCCUGGAGUGCUCGCCAACUGCUACAGGCCAUCCCACUCCUUUCUCCCCAGGACCCAUGAGCUUCCUGGCAGGCCUAGGCCUGGCAGCGGGCCUGGCCCUCCUCCUCUACUGCUGCCCUCCAGACCCCAAAGUGCUGCCUGGGACCCGUCGCAUCCUCGCCUUCUCGCCCGUCAUCAUUGACAGCCAUGUCAGCCGUUACCUGUUGGCCUUCCUGGCAGAUGACCUCGGAGGCUUCUGACGAACCCAGACCCUGGGCCUUACCUGCUGCUUAACCAAAGAAUCCCCUGGCCGCCCACUGUGGGGGCCGCACCUCUUUUUCUAAAUACUUAUUUUUCAUUAUUUAUAAUUUCUACAAGAACACAUCACCUUCACUCUACAAGGUGCUUAAUAUUAAAUGUCCCAGCUCUCUCUGCC